AAGGCGUCGCGUUGAGGAUACAAGGAGAACUAAUCGGACCGGGUUAAGUUUGCUGAGGUCUAGGAGGGGAAGGAGGAGAGGGGGCGCGGUGGAAGAGGAAGAAGAAAAAAAGAAAAACCCAUAGCGGAGCGUGGAAAGCUGUACGCGUCAUUUCCAAGGCAGCAGCGCAACAAGCAGCCCCUCCAGCAGCCCGCUGCGUGGAUGGCACACCGGGUGGAAGUGGUGCAGGGGGGAGGGAGAUCCACGCUGGGACCAGGAUCCAGAUGAGGUUCGGGGGCUCUCUAGCAAAAUGAGAGAUAAGUUCAUCUCCUGAGGCCACAACUUCUACACCGGGCUGACUCACCGACAACUGCACCCAGAGGUUUCCAUGAAUCUUUGGAUGUGACACCCAUUGAGUUUCAGCGCCUGAAGAGUCUAAACCCUCCCAGAGCACCAUGACUGUCAGCCCGUGUCUUUUCAUUUCUCUUCUGCUGCUCCUCCACCCGGGAGUCUCUCAUUUAUCGGAUGGCAGUUUUGAUCAUGAAGACAUCAGCGGUAGCGUCCCAGGGAACUGCUCCAGCGAGGACAACUGCUCAGAGGGCGUGGUUCUGCCCAUGUGGAACCCCCAGAACCCUGCCGUUGGCGACAAGGUUGCUCGUGCCAUUGUAUAUUUCGCAGCGCUCGUGUACAUGUUCCUGGGCAUGUCCAUCAUUGCCGAUCGUUUCAUGUCUUCGAUCGAGGUCAUCACCUCUCAGGAAAAGGAGAUCAGCAUCAAGAAGCCAAACGGCGAAAUCACGACAACCACCGUUCGCAUCUGGAACGAGACCGUCUCCAAUCUGACGCUAAUGGCUCUGGGCUCAUCAGCACCAGAGAUCCUGCUGUCCGUCAUCGAAGUGGUCGGCCAUAACUUUGAAGCCGGAGCUCUGGGGCCCAGCACCAUCGUGGGCAGUGCUGCGUUUAACAUGUUCAURAUCAUUGCCAUCUGCGUCUACGUGGUGCCAGAGAACGAGACACGCAAGAUCAAACACCUAAGGGUGUUCUUCGUCACUGCAGCCUGGAGCAUCUUCGCCUACAUCUGGCUGUACCUCAUCCUGUCCGUGUUCUCCCCCGGAGAGGUGGAGGUUUGGGAGGCGGUCCUGACGUUCCUGUUCUUCCCCCUCUGRGUGCUACAAGCCUGGAUCGCAGACCGCCGCCUGCURUUCUACAAGUACGUUCGCAGGCGCUACCGUGCCGACAAAACCCGUGGCAUCAUCAUCGAGUCCGAGGGAGAUGCCAUGUUCACAAAAAUGGACUUAGAGAUGGACGGGCAGGGCUCAAACUCUCACGGCCAUAACAAGGAGGCUCUGGACGGGAUGCUGGAGGGGGUGGAGGAAGGUGGAGGGACGAGCGCUGAGCAAGAUCAGGAAGAGGAGGCCCGUCGAGAGAUGGCACGCACGUUGAAGGAGCUAAAGCAGAGGCAUCCAGAGAAAGARAUGGAGCAGCUGAUUGAGAUGGCCAACUACCAAGUGCUGGUCCAACAACAGAAGAGCCGGGCCUUCUAUCGGAUCCAGGCCACMCGCAUGAUGAUCGGAGCCGGGAACAUUCUGAAGAAGCAUGCUGCCGACCAAGCCAGGAAGGUGGUCAGCUGCCARGAGGCCAGUGGACAGGAAGAAGACCCCCACACCAUCUACCUGCAGUUUGAGUCCUCUCACUAUCAGUGCUUUGAAAACUGCGGUUCCUUAAAGCUCUCUGUMAGCCGGCAUGGAGGCGAGGCUGGCUGCACUGUGAAGGUGGACUACCGGACAGAGGACGGGACUGCCACCGCGGGCUCCGACUAUGAGUUCGCUGAGGGCACUUUGGUCUUCAAYCCCGGCGAGACGACGAAAGAGUUCACCGUGGGCGUCAUCGACGACGACAUCUUCGAAGAGGARGAGCACUUCUACGUACGCCUCAGCAACCCACGUAUUGUCCACCGGGCCGAGGUCUCUGUCCUGGAYCCCAACUCCAUCACCUCCAGCCACAGCACGGUGGGCCUCUCCUCCCACGUCCCACCGAAGGCCGCGCUGGGCAACGCCCCCGUUGCCACCGUCACCAUCUACGACGACGACCARGCCGGCAUCUUCACMUUCGAGAGCAAGUCCACGCGGGUCAGCGAGAGCGUCGGGAACAUGCAGGUGAAGGUGCACCGGACGUCCGGGGCGAGGGGGAAGGUGGCGGUGCCGUACCACUCCGUCGAGGGCACCGCCAAAGCCGGYGAGGACUACGAAGAAGUUUCUGGGAAGCUGGAGUUCCAGAAUGACGAGACCAUGAAGGUGCUAAAUGUGAAGAUCAUUGAUGAUGAAGAGUACGAGAAGAACAAGACGUUCACAAUUGUGUUGGAGGAGCCCAUUCUGUUGGAGGUGGGACAGAGACACGGAGACACCAAUGACAAUAAGACAGCAGUGGGACCAGAAGACGUGUCGAAGAUGGGCUGCCCCUGUCUGGGAGAACACACAAAGCUGGAGGUGGUCAUUGAGGAGUCGUAUGAAUUCAAGAGCACUGUGGACAAGCUGAUCAAGAAGACCAACCUGGCCCUGGUGGUGGGGAGCAGCAGCUGGAGGGAGCAGUUUGUUAGUGCUGUCACUGUCAGCGCAGGUGACGAUGAUGAGGAGGAAAGCGGAGAGGAACGCCUGCCGUCCUGCUUCGAUUACAUCAUGCAUUUCCUGACAGUUUUCUGGAAAGUCCUCUUUGCUUUCGUCCCGCCAACUGAGUACUGGAACGGCUGGGCCUGCUUCUUCGUCUCCAUUUCCCUCAUCGGCGUCCUGACAGCUGUGACGGGCGACUUGGCGUCCCAUUUCGGCUGCACCAUCGGUCUGAAAGACUCGGUCACUGCUGUGGUGUUCGUAGCCCUCGGCACCUCUGUUCCAGACACYUUUGCGAGCAAAGUGGCUGCCAUUCAGGAUCAAUACGCAGACGCCUCCAUCGGGAACGUGACGGGCAGCAACGCGGUGAACGUGUUCCUGGGCAUCGGCGUGGCGUGGACCAUCGCGACCGUUUACUGGCAAACCAAAGGCAAGCCGUUCAAGGUGAACCCGGGCUCCCUGGCCUUUUCUGUCACCCUCUUCACCAUCAUGGCGUUGGUGUGCGUGCUGGUGCUGCUCUACCGCCGGCGUCCCAGCGUCUCGGGUGGAGAACUCGGGGGCCCACGGACAGCCAAGCUCCUCACCUUUUUCCUGUUCCUCUCCCUCUGGUUCAUCUACAUCCUGUUGGCCUCCCUGGAGGCGUACUGCCACGUGCCUGGCUUCUGAGACCAAGCGAGGGGGGGAACACAACCACAACUUGUUUUCUUGUUUUUACAGUCUGAUGAACAUGUUUCUCUCUGUUUUUGUCUAUUUUCACAAAGAUUUCUAACUAUUUGUAUACUCAUUUAUUAUCAAUACAGCACAAAAUCUGUUUGACUGUGUAUUUAAGGAAUUUGCUAUCAAUGCUGUGAAAGUUGCUUUAGACACUGAAACUGAACUUCUCUAAACCUUGUUGUCCUAUUUUUAAAUACUGCUUCACACAGAUCAUUUCUAUUAUAAUCAUUAGAAUGAACUUUGAUUGUAUUAACACGCUCAUGCUCUGAAAGCACAACUUUUACACAAACUUUCAUGAGAUUCCCUCAUUUUGAUGGAGGUUAAACAAUGAAAUUUGAGGAUAGUGCAUGGGCUGACGUUUACAUUAGAUGAAAGACUGAAGGCCGCUACAUACUCCAUCCGAAGCUGCAAAAUCUGCGCUAAUUCUCGCAGUUACGUGACAAAAAUGGCGUCAUGUUGUUUGCCUGCCCCUUCUUGACACAAGAUCCGGGUCGAACAUUUUCUGACGGGUUAAUGAGGUUUACGUGAUCGACCAGAAAUUUGUGGCCAUGUUUGUUAAUGCAGAAAAGCACUCAGACAACUAUGGUGGACGUUUGCUUCAACUAUUUUGCUUCUAGAAGCUGGCUGUUGUGCGUUUAUGAAUAGUUUUGAGUGUCAGUUGUCUGAGGCAGUCAGYAAGUACGUCCAUUUAUAGUCUUGUAAACAGUUAUGGGCACAGCUAACCAAAAAGUAAGGUUCACUAAUCUGAGAAACAAGAACCUUAGCUCUUCUAACAUUAAUCCACUAAACAGAUUAAAAAAGAAAAGUUAGGGGAAGCUAUCGCUAACCGCUAAGAUGACUGUCUGUGACACCAUCUUCUUCUCCUUCCAACUGAAGGCUGGUGGGUCUGACACAAACCUGUUAGUGUCCUAUUGGCUUAAUUAGAAGGUGGGUGGGAUCAUCUGUGGCAAAUCAACCAAUCCAAACAAGUUGUAGGUCUUUUGUACUUACCCCUUUCAGAAUAAAAGCAUUUUAUGAAUGAGUUGGAUCUUUAUAACAAACAAAAAAUACUUCCUCCACCAUUAUUUCUAUGUAGUCACUUUUAUAUUCAUCUUUUAAAUAUUGUUAAAUAUUAUUUCUUUUCUUUUCGACACUCUUAGUUUGAAAUUUAGCUGCUAAAGCUACCACAUGCUACACGUGCCUAACACGUCCAGCACUUCUUGUAAGAGGGGAUAGUUUUGUAAUUAAAUCAGGAUAAAUGGUACACAAAUAAAAGUUUUGCACUUGUACAUUUUUAGUGAACUUAACACGAGCAGAACCUAAUUUUGAAGAAGCGAAUCUGCCCGCUAACAGUUUCCAAAGUUAUCAAAAAAAGCAAAUCUGUGUAAUGAGAAGCUAGUUCUGCUAUUAGCAGAACUGUGUCCACCACUGCUUAUUAAGACAGUUAAAAGACCAAAACCUCACGGAUGGAAAAAGCACAGAUAUWUAAUGAAGAAGUCCCUCUGCUGAAAAGUGGGGCGAUCUAUCAGGGCAGAUUUGUGGCCAAGCGGCUGAUUUUAAAAUGGAGACUCCAAGUGGGAAAAUCCCGGGCUGUGAGGUUUCCCAAGAACUCUGUGUGCAUCAUGGUCUAUGAAAAGCGUCGACUGUUCAGCUUCAGAUUGAGUCUGUUGAGCCCUUAAAGUGAUCGGUAAAAUGUGAGUGUGAUGAUAUUUAGUAAUUGAUCGACAACAUAAAUAUUUCUUGUAAAUCAUGUAAAAGAUGAACAUUGUGCGUGGGAGUUUUUGUGAAAGGUUCGGUGUGUUUAAUUUUGCACGUUAACAAUUUCGUGGUGAUCUACUUUAAAGUGCUGUAUGUAAUUUUUGAAGAUGGCUGUUCAAGUGUUGAUGUUUCUCUGAACCUGUGAAUCACAGCUGUAACAUAAUCUCCUCGCUGGUGUCCCUCCUCAGUUACUUUCAGAUAGGCAGGGUUAUAAAAAGUUUUCUUUAUUUCUCUUUUUACAAUAAAAGUCAACCAGGAGGAGAGUUCUCGCUUCGAAACUGUGCAUUUUCUUCAAGUUAAUUUAGAAAUUUUAUGUAUGUGUGUAUGUGGUGAAGAUGUGCAGCUGCCAUCUCUGACACAAAUUUGUAAAAGCGCUCUUCUUUGAAACCUGAAGGCUUAUUCAGUCAAAGUAGGAUGGAGUUUGUGUAUAGACAUUUUAACGUUUGUCAAGCUGACACUGUGAAUUCAACAAAAUAAGAUCAGAUAAAGCACAGCAGCAAGCAAAAAAGAUAUUUCAAAUGGGACCAGGAAGAGUUUUUAUUAUUUUCUAUCACAGCACAGCCAUCAAACCGGUCCAUCAUAUCCCUAAAAACUUGUGAAAAGAGAAGAUGUACAGUAUUUCUUGAGAGUGUCUCGGUGUUACACAGCAGUUGAUACUGACUUUUUUCUUAUCUGACCUGAACUCUGUAUAGCCAUAUUUAUUGUAACUGUGUUACAGUAGAGGUAUUUAUAUGAUCUAUUUUAGUUUUGUUGAUAUGCACGUUUAAUGUACAAAAGUGGAAAUAAAUGUUGCUGAUUUAUGAUGCUAUA